GACACAAACUCAAAAAAUUAAAUAACCUUCGUGACCUAAAACUAAAUUAAUUAAUUUGUUUAGAUUUAUUGUAAAUAUGGCGAAGACUGUGAUACGAGACUUGCUACAAAUUUUCAAAAGCAGUGUAACAGCAGUUCUUCCAGAGAUCCUGAUAAGAAACUCUGUUCAAUAUAAUCCAAGAAAACAACAAUUAUCAAUUUUAAAUGAUAAGUAUGAGCUUCAAAACAAAGAUGUUUAUUUAGUUGGUACAGGCAAGGCCGUGCAGAAUAUGGCAAAGGAAAUCGAGAAGGUUAUGGGACCUAAAAUAAAACAAGGAAUAAUAAGUGUGCCUGUUGGAAGCCUGAAACAUAAACCAUCUGAAAUAAUAACUUACAUUGAAGGAGCCAAAAACAAUUUACCAGACACAAACGCAGAAAAUACUGCUAGGAAAAUAAAAGAUCUUGUUACAAAAUUGGGACAAAAUGAUAUGCUUCUAGUUUUAAUAUCAGGAGGUGGUUCAGCACUCCUGCCUUUGCCAAAAAAGCCUAUAACUUUAGAGGAGAAAACUACAUUGAUAAAGAAGCUAGCAAAUGCAGGGGCUGAUAUUAAAGAGCUGAAUUGUGUUAGGAAAGUGAUCUCGGAUGUAAAAGGCGGACAACUAGCUAUUCAAGCACAACCCGCACAAGUUGUCUCACUAAUACUAUCUGAUAUUGUUGGGGACCCCUUAGACUUGAUUGCAAGUGCACCUACAGUUGAAAACAAAGAUGAUCUAUCUGUAGCCCUGAAUAUAAUAAAGAAAUAUAACUUAGUUCAUGACCUCCCAAUGUCACUAAAAACUGUGCUAUCUGAAGAUAAAGAACAAAAAAUAUUUCCAAAAGAUAAUGUAAAGAAUUAUUUAAUUGGAACUAACAAACUAAGUAUAAACGCUGCUUUAGAAGAAGCUAGGAAUUUAAAUUAUUUAGCUCUCCCACUAUCUAACAUAGUAACAGGCAAUGUAAGAGAAGUAGCAAAGUCAUACGCUGGUCUUGCAAAACUUGUUUGCUAUCUAGUGGAUGGGAAAAUGAGCUUAAAUGAAGCAAAGGCACAAAUUGGUAGCCCAAAUAUUCCAGGGUUAAAUCUUGAUAUAUUAAAUCAGCUAGUUGAAGUUACUGAUAAAGAUAUUUGUCUUGUUCUUGGUGGAGAAAUAACAGUGGAAGUCAAAGGUACUGGGAAAGGAGGGAGAAAUCAACAACUUGCUCUUGAGUUUUCAACACUCAUACAUGAGAUAAAAGAUGAAUUGAAUAAGUUUGAAAUAUAUCUACUCAGUGCUGGAACAGAUGGUAUUGAUGGGCCUACAGAUGCUGCUGGUGCCAUAGGUUAUUCAAAUUUAGUUGCAGAUGCAACAAAAGAGAAUCUAGAUAUUAAUAACUACUUGGAUAAUAAUGAUUCCUAUAACUUUUAUAAAGCAUUUAAAUCUGGAGAGCUACAUGUGAUUACAGGGCAUACAAAUACUAAUGUAAUGGAUAUACAUUUAAUGAUAAUAAAAAGAUGCAAAUAG